AUGGACGCCUACAGAUUCCGUGUUCCUAAGCCAAACUACCUCCCUCAUAAACUGGACAUUGACCCCGAUCACGACAUAGUUCAGGAAUACGUCCAGCCUCUUGGCUUAGCCGGUGAAGCGGAAAAUGCAAAAUACUAUCAACAGUGCAAACGCAUGGCCGAAGAAUCGGGCAUCACGCGCCCCAAAGGCCACAAUGUCUCCUUUCAUUGCAACCCGGAUAUGGAGCAGCACCACUUUGGCAUGACACAUCCGAUGAAGCCCUGGCGUCUGACACUCUCCAAGAGUCUUAUCUAUUCAUACGGCAUGUCAUUUGCAAUGGACAACUUCGUAACCCGGGCUGCUACCUAUGAGGAGCUGGCUUCGUUCCACUCUACCGACUAUCUCGAUUUCCUGGGCACCGUCCUCCCCGAGCCGGUUCCACGGGAUCUUGAGAGCCAGAAUCCAGAUCUGAAGUUUAAUUUGGGCGGCUCAGACUGUCCAUUGUUUGAUGGCCUCUAUGAUUACUGCUCCAUGUCUGCCGGUAGCGCGCUUGAUGCUGCAAGGAAAAUCUGCUCCAAGCAGUCCGACAUUGCUAUUGCGUGGGGAGGGGGCCUACACCACGCGAAGAAGGCCGAGGCCUCAGGGUUCUGCUACAUCAAUGAUAUUGUCAUUGCCAUCCUGGAGUUGCUACGGUUCUAUCCACGCGUUUUAUACAUUGAUAUUGACGUGCAUCACGGCGAUGGCGUCGAAGAGGCGUUCUUUUCAACAGACAGGGUCAUGACUUGCUCAUUCCAUAAAUAUGAUCCCAACAACUUCUUUCCCGGUACUGGUGCAUUAGAUGAUAAUGGCCCUAAGAGCGAGCAUAAUCCUGGAGCACACCACGCCGUCAAUGUUCCGCUCAACGAUGGUAUUACGGACGAGCAAUAUGACAUGCUUUUCAACAACAUCAUCGGCAGGAUAGUUGAGAAAUUUCGCCCUGGUGCCAUCGCCCUUCAGUGUGGUGCCGACUCUUUAGCAGGAGAUCGUCUGGGCCGGUUCAAUCUGCAAGUUCAGGGGCAUGGAGCGUGUGUUGCAUUUUGCAAAAGGAUGAACAUCCCCAUGAUUCUCUUUGGCGGAGGCGGCUACACUCCACGGAAUGUAGCCCGGGCGUGGACAUACGAGACCAGCAUAGCCAUCGAUUGUCAAGAUAAAAUCAACCCUAUUUUGCCAGAGCAUACUCCAUGGAGAGAUCACUUUCGCCAAGAUACCCUCUUCCCCACUCUGGAACAAAUCUUGGGCGAGCCGCGACAGAAUCGCAAUCCCCAGAAACGUUUACAGGACAUCGUUCAGCAUGUUACAGAGCAGCUACGCUUUGUACAGGGAGCGCCAAGCGUUCAGAUGCAGGUCAUCCCACCCAACUUGGGCGGCUUUAGAGACGACGUGGAGGCCAGGUUGAAAGAGGAACAGGACGAGAGGAACGAUCAGCUACGAAAGGAAAGGGAGUCUGGAGCGGGAACCGCCAUGGAAUUUUAA